UAUCGAUUGACUGCUUUUGACAAGGACUGGACCCUAGAUGUUAAACGAAACAAGUAUGUUUAUUGACCAACCUAUGUUACAUUUUUUCACUGAAUCAGACUCUUGAAAUAAAUAAGUAAGAAGGAGACGAAUAGUACUUGAUUUUGUUAUUCUAUUUUCAUGCUAUUAACAAGAUCUAUGGUUACAAGAUCGUUGAAAUUUACUUGCCUAUUCGUGUAUUUGUUCGCUAGUUGUUAUUUUCUUUUGUCCUUCAUUUCAUUUCUUAUGUCAUAGUUUGGCUCGCUCAUUUCAUCAUUUUACAUAAUAUUAUAUCUAUUUAUUUCUUUGUUUUCUCUUUUCAUUCACUUGCAGUCCCAUUAUGUUCUUAGGUGUGGAUCUGAUUCAUGUAUAUUAAUAUAUCAACAUGUCUCAUUAUUUUGCUUCUCCUUUAGAGAACUAAUUCCUUCAUCAUUCGCCGUUCGCACGUUCGAAAAUGAUGGAUCAGAGGUCAUACAAGAGGUAGAUAUAAGUUAUAGAAGAUAUUAGAAAACACAAGGUUGAUCAUACAGUCAUAAACGUUUGCUUCCAUGUGCAAAUCGCGUCAGAGCCUUUUUUGGACGAAAGCUUUUUCUACAAAUAAAAAUACAAAAUACAUUCCUCCUAAAAACACCAAGUAGUUGGGUUCUGCAUCUCUGUCUCUUUUGCUGGUUGAACAUCUGAAAAUAUCGAUGCUUACCAUCGCUCUGAUUCAGAAGGUAGCUAACAGCAAUUUAUGGUAUAAAUGCCAAUGCAAUCUCUCUCUCUGCCAGUUGAUUAAAUAUCGAUAACAUCAAACUCUAUCUACAUUAGCAAAUGUGUUAAACUUUUGGUGGUGAUCCGUCAAUUUAAAGGAGUAUUUAGCUUUAUAUAAAAGACAUUAGCAUGCUUGAAAAAAAUACGAAUUUCAGAUAAGAAGGUGGGGUGGGAGAGGAGUGAAGGCCAUCCAACAUUAUGUUCAUCGUAUGCAUUUCUCUCUCAGGAUGAUAACGAUCAUUGUCACUAUCAAGGCAUCAUACGUGGAAUGAAAGAUUCCCGCGUCGUUCUGAAUACCUGUAAUGGGUUGAGGUGAGGUUUUAUUGCUGGUUUACUGUAUGAUGCAUUUCAAGCAUGACAUCUUCACUAGAUAAGUUAGAUGCUAUGUACGUUUUACAAAUGUGAAGACAAAAAGCUCGUAAUAGCAAACAGGAUACUAGUCCAUGGAGUUUAUACUUUAUAAGAAGCGUGGAGAAAAGGCAUGACUUCUUAUCUUGAUUUGUUUCAUUUACUGCAAGCAGCCUGAGAGUAAAGAAACAAGGAAUUGACAAUGUUAUGUUGUGUCGGUUGCUAAUGCAUACACCAGGGAGCUUUUCAGUCGCGUGUUUUAAAACCAUCGUCAAAGCAACUAAAACAGCUGAUAAAAGUCAACAUCACUUUAAGCCAACGAGAACGCAAAGUAGAAAUAAGUACACUGUUUGAGGCGUCGAAAAACGUGAGUGAAUAACUCACUUUCAAUCACACAUCGUUGAAAGGAAAACCCAAUGAAAUGCUAAAUUGCUUCCGUAUUAAUUGAAAAUUUCUUGAUAUGGAAAUGAGAAAUAUCAAUGUUGUUUUUUCAGAGGCAUGAUAGGUGAUGGCCAUGAAACGUUUUAUAUAAUACCUGAGACUGGACACGAGGCAAGUUUAACUAAAAUACAAAUCGUAACAUCAGUAGAAUGUAGAAAAAGUGUACAAGAAUUUUCAUCACUUCACCUUCCUAUACACAACAUUAUGAAAAUUCUGAUUGUUUGUAUUGUUUUUGGCCAAUGCUGAUUGCUAUUUUCACGCUAGAUCUCUGUAGUAACUUAAGUUUUUAUUCAAGUGAAUUGCUUAGGGUUAGUCGUGUCGCUCAAAAUGUGCUUCCUUUUUACCUCGUUUUCUUUAAAAUCGUUAUUAUAUCAAAUUUCAGGGAAAUGGAAUUCACAGAGUCAGUAGAGCCGAAGAAGACGAGUCCCAAGAUAUCUUCCAUAAGUGUGGUAAAUCAUUUCUUUGCGAAAACAUAACAUUCAAUCGGUGCGCCUUUUUUUUGGCUUCAAAACUUCUUUAAAAAGGUUUCAUAUGUUGUUGUUUGCUAUUUGAAGAAGUUUACUGCCUCAGAAAAAUUCCCAACAGAUGCUGUACUCAUUUGUGAUGUCAUGUUUAUAGCGGCUGGUACGUUUGAUACUCACCAUUUUUUUCUUUCUUCAGGAAACAACGACACUCAAGCAGACUCCCAUUCCUUAAACGAAACUUUUGGGCCAAUUGCGAGGGUAGGUGGUCACUAUUUAGACAACGAGAUAUAUAAAUAAAUAAAUAAACAAAUUAUUAUUCAGAAUAUACCAAAGAUUGUCAAAUUCAAUGACAAAUGUUGAAAAGUUAAAUUUUAAGUUCGGAAUCGGAAAGGGAAAGCUCAAGUUUGGCAGAUCGUUAUGAUCAAGGUAUUAUGAACAGCGAAAUGGCAAAAGACGUGAGGCGAUAUAGAAAAAAAAAAGACGAAAGAGAAAAAAAAACACGUAGAUUAGCGUAUAAUUAAGUAAUACUUUCUCAAUCUUACACUCUCUGACCUCAAUGACCAACCCUACUUUGAUUAGCUAAAAAUAAGAAAAAAUACCGAAACUUUUUUAUAUUAAAUAACUAUAAUUAUAUAUCUUAAAACUGAAAUUGAUAAACUAAUAAACUUUUCUUUAAGUAAAGCAAAAAGUAAAAACAAAUUUUCAUCACUACUCUAAACAACCGUGUUUGAUUAUCUUGGUUUAGAUCCAGGAGAGACGUAAGAUAUCAGGUCAUAUUGAUGAGUUCUACAAGAAAUAUCUGACGACUGAUGAGACGCGAUACACCGAAAUUUUCAUUUGUGUUGACAAUGAAAUGGUAAGUACUGUUUAUCACAACAGAUCAAUGCUUUGCUUCUUAGGCUGAUUAUCAGAUCAACUGCUCUUACUCUCACCUUUACCUUCAAUUUUACCUAGAUUUAGUUAUGAAGCCAAAAUCCCUCACUCACCCAAUCAAUACAGUCUAAUCUUAGACAAUUAAAUUUGUAGAUUAAAACUUGGAUCAACCGCGUAAUCCCUGCCUACCCUACUGGGUUUCUGUCUCUCCUUAAAGGCGCGUUAUUUUCUUCUGUUCGUAUAUCUGGGAAAUAAGGCAAAGGAGGAAAUUUUGUUCUUCAGUUACACCUCAAAAUCUUUCGAUGACCAGGUUGACGUUAGUUUGUUUGUUUGUUUGUUUUUUCAAGGGUUAUUAGAGUUCGCGAACUCAAAAAUGUUCUGAUAAUUGACCUAAAACUUGAAUUUUCCCCACAAUGAUCAUGUUAUCUGCUUUCAACAGUACCAGAAAUAUAACAGGGAUAAAAAUGUCAUCAAAGAUCGAGUCAUAACAUUAUUAAACACUGUUGAUGCGGUAAGUUAUCUUUGGAGCUUUACCCUAGCUUUCCUUCUUUCAAACCAUUUCUUUAAUCAUCUUUUAUCAGAAGGAAAAGAAAAAAGUGCUUAACUUAGUCGGUUAAAAUCUACGAAAAAUAAGUAAGUCAUUGGGCAGUUUUGUUUAGAGGUGCUUGACCUUUACAGAAAAUACGUAUUUCGAAGGAAAACAUCAGAUUUUGGCUGGAAAUUUCUAUGAAGAUACGAACAUGAUGUACAUAAAGUAUACCGUUGGCAUUGAAUACAAAGUUUCAAUUUCUUUCAAGGUAUUUAACAAAUCACAACGCUUUGAUUUCUCUUUCCCAAGAUCGCUUUAGUAAUUCUCCUUACUGUGUGCUAUGCAAUUCUUAUGAUGUUAGUUCGGAGACUUUGGUAAUGAAUCAACGUAUAAUGCUCUGAUUGAUAUUUCUCUUUAUUCUCAUCACUUGUCUGCUUGAUGAUUGAUUGAUAUUGUGUUGAUGGUGUAAGGAGAAGUUUUGCCUUGGUCACUCUUAAAAGACAUGGUGCAUCAGAAUGUAAUGGUGACUCUGAAUGCCCUGUGUCAGAAUUUCAAAAUUUUCCAGGAUGGGAUCAUGAUUUUCAACUCAUUCAACCAGUUGAGAUGGAUUGUGCAAUUUGUGAAGUUGAACUGCAUUUAAAGUAGUUUGACCAUUUAAACUUCUUCAACCAUUUAAGAUAGAUUAUAAAAUUUGUGAAGUUAAUCAGUCCUCGCUUGCGGGUGAUCAAGGUUCAGGAUGAAGUCGUACCAUAGUCCUAUUUAUAUUUCGUGCUAGUUUUCUUAUCCGUUAUAUCUCCGGGGGGGGGGUGGGUACCUCCUGAAGCCCUCCCCCAGAUCCACUCUGUCUUUGUAUAGAUUAACCCUUUCAAUCCCAGAGAUGACCAAAAACGAAACUGUCCCUUCAUUAUCAAUGCAUUUUUAAAGCAAGAAAGAAUAAUUUCCACUAUUGUUUGAUCUGACUUGAUUUUGUUGUCGAUAAGUACAUAGUCAUUACGCAAUUCUUCUUAUUGCUUAGAUUUCCCUAAUGGUGCUGAACAUAUCAAAAGUUAAUAAAGGAUGAAUUAAUUAUAUACCAACUAAAUAUCUUUUGAUUUUUUGUCUCUUGUAAAGAUCUAUCAGCGAAUCAACAUCAGGAUAGUUCUGAAGUACUUGGAAAUCUGGACAAACAGAGAUCCUUUCGGGCGUGUGCGAAAUGCAGGGAGUGAAUUACGCAAUUUCAGGGCCUAUCGAAAUAAACAUUUGGUGAAAAGGUUCCCUCAUGACAACGCUCUUUUACUAAGGUAAAAUUUUUCAUCCUAAUGAAAGUUUUUUUUCACACUUCCCAACUCAAAAACGUCUUCCGAUUAGAGGAGAAACCUUUUUAAAGAGUAAAAUCCUCUGAAAACCACCAGGAAUCUCAAAAGAUCGAUGGGGGUGGUUUGAGUUACAACACAUGAUCUAGAGUAUAGUGUCCUUCACCUCAAAAAAAUAUUCUUCUCAGUUAACCCUCUAUCAUCUAAUGUCGCUUGAUUGCCAAGAAGAACGAAAACUUCCGUGUCUUGCCAGCUGUGUGGUAGAUCAUUAAUUUGUUUUGAAACUUAUCGGAGAUCAAUGUAAUACUACGCAUAUACUAUACUACCCUACGGGGCUCAGAAAAAAAGCCGAGCAACGCGCAAAAUAUCCGUGGGUAUUGAACAAGGAAUAUUUAUCGCGGAAAAUGGUAAACAGUAGACAACAAAAAGUUCGCUUUUUGUCGUUGGUCGGUCUCGUGAACUUUAUACCUCAGUCGUCGAGGAAAAUAAGUUUUCCAGGUUUAUCUCGCUUAUUUUUUAUUUUUUUUUUUUUUUUUCAGUCACAAAGGUUGGCCCCCGAAUAUUGCUGGUCUAGCAUGGGUCAAUUCGAUGUGUGGCGGAAAUUCAAACUCUAUCAACGCCGUAAGUUAUGCGAAGAAAUAUGAAUUGCAUUGUUUUUGCCUCACUAUGUCCUGAGAUCCUUUAGAAUACUUUCGCCAAUCUCAACGCCAAUCUCGAUCAAACAGGGCAAAAGAAGUAUUAGUCAUGAUUUGAUCCCCGCCGUUUUCCCGCGAUUCAGACAAAUUGCUUUUUUGACUUUGCUUUCCCUUUGGUCCCCUGUGAUCUUUCCCUUUUUCUGAUUGGCUGUAGUAAUUACGAUAUGUUUGGAUUUACAGCACUCAAACGAAAUACUUCCUAAAGUGGCGCCGGCUUUGGCUUUUUCUAAGCUUAAAUUACGCUGGUAGGAGCAUGCUCAAACGUAGUAUAAAGAGAUUUCUUACUCAUCCUAGAAUUUAAAGAUCGACAUAUGGUUAAUGGUAAAUAUUUUUUUCGUAGUGGUCUUAUAGCAGUAGUGUUGGUCCUUAUGUAAUUGUUGCUCAUGAGUUGGGUCACAACUUUGCGUUCAAUCACGAUACUGGUAAGAAUUGUGAAACUUUUGAAAUCAAAUUCAUUUUUUCUCGAUUAUCUUGACAAAAGAGAGCUUUUCUAAUCGCAAAUAGCGGUGGAAUGAUCUUCGCUUAGAGUUGCGUAUGAAAAUAGUUAUGAAAACAUGAAAAUUCACACGAUACCUACAGGGUCUAAUGUCAGAUGAGGAGACAGCAAUACAACUUUUAGAUUUUAACCUAAAUUUUUUUGUGUUUUACACAAAUCUAAUCAAACCCUUAAGUAUUGAUACAGAUUCUCGCAAUACCCAAAAAGAAAUUUUGACUCAGUAGUGUUCGAUUUUUUAAAAAACUAUUUUACAGUUCUUAGCUACUAAUUUUGUUAAAUUGUUCACCUUACCAGUUAUUAUUGUUAUUUUUUCUAAUUUACACAACCUUUCGUCAAAAUGCAGGGACCUGCAAGUGCUUAACUUCACGAGGCUGUUUCAUGGGAAGUACCAGGUAGGUCAUUCUCUGAAACAUCUGGCAAUGAGAUACACUUAAAUUACUUGGUGUGACUGAUUGGUUAGGAUGCUGGACUUGAAAUCUGGUGGUCUCAGGUUCAAGUCCUCUACCCCACCAUUUCCUGGAUUUGUUCUCUGUCGCCACGAGUUCAACUCCUCAGCUUCGCUGUGUAAAUAACCAACUGGUCUGCCCCCUGCCGGUUGGGAUUUUCAAGCACUUUAUGUUUACUCCAGUCAUUAUAAAGUACUAUUGGAUGGCGAUAGAAAUAGCGCUCUAUAUAAAGAGUGUGUUAUUAUUAUAACUUAGUUUCACCUUAAUAAUACCGUCAAUUUUUAUUGCGAUUUGUUCUAUUGUCAUAGUAUUCAAUGACAAUGAAGGUAAACCACUCUUUCUUUCUUCCACGGAGUGCUUAUGUUGAGUUAUUCGACAAAACAUCAUACAGAAACUCAGUCAAUAAAAUACAAUUGAAUACAAAUAAAAUCUUACAAAAAAAUUGGACGAAGGCAGAGGAGCAAUUAAAGUGAAAGACGAAAUCCAUCGUAGUUGUAUGUUUUUCUUGAGUAGGUGAUGUGUACAUAUCUGCUACAUUUACAAUCAUUUAUUGAAAUUUCCCCAAUAUUGAUUUCAGGUCUCGACUUCCAGGAUUUUCGGAUUGCAGCCUUAAAUCGCUUCAAAAGGUCAAUGAUGCAUGCUUGUACAACGUACCAACUUACAAGGUAACCAUAAGAAACCAGAGAAAGGGGGGGGGGGAUAUUUUGGAUGAUAAUUAAUACUAAGAUUAUCGACCUUUUAAGGAGUUCCUUCAUUAAAAGGGUCACCUUUGAAGAACUUUUUAAAACGGCUCUGUAACCUAACAAAGUAAACCAGGUAACUUCCUGGAAUAGUGAUGCAAACUUUAUUCAGGAACAGCCCUAAAAAUUUCGACAAAAUAAAGGUAUCCCCUAUGUAACGAAGUCCUUUCAUACAAGGAACUCAUUUUCCAAUCAAAAUUUGGUUAGCCUUACGAUGAUACUCAAGGGCUUAAAUGUUAAAAAAUUUGGAUGUAACCGUCACAAACAUGGGUAUGGCAAAUUAUAUGUCAGAAAAUAUGUUAUUUGAAAUUCUCAUUUUUGCUGACUGAUUCGGUUUCGAUUGUGGUUAAAAUAUGCACUUCAGAAGCUAGAAGAACAUCUUGAGGCUGUUGGUUCGUUUGAUUUUCCUUUAGGCCUACAACAGUUAUUGUGGAAAUGGCAUACGCGAGAAAGGAGAGGAGUGCGACUGCGGUACCCCUGAGGUUUGUAAAGUUGCAUGAAUGGCAAAUAAUAUAGUCGACCAUAAGGGGAUUUCUCAUUAAUAUUUUAAUAGAUUUUCAAGUGGAAAGGUGACGAUAAGAGAGAAAAACAUCAACCAGGGGAAAUUGCUUGAUUUAGUAUCAAAUUCUCUGGGAUAAUAUCAUGAAAAUGUAUGGCAGUCACUACAGAGAAUUGUUUUUUGGAUCGUGUGAAUGAAAAGGUUAAAAUGAGAGUUGCAUCAACUUUUAGCGAACCGGAACUUUCGUUGUUGGGAAAUAACUACUCUCAGAGAGAAAAAAAGGACUAGCUCGCGUGAAACUCAGUGGCUCAUAAUCGAGCAACAUUUAAAACAAGAGGUUGGCCAGGAGAGUUUUUUCUAAAUGUUGAUAGAUAGUGGUUUCAUAUUAAGAUGCUAUAUCUCAUCACCCUAGCAACCGAUACCCCAGUUGUAUACUUCACAACGAAAUUUCAUAAAAAUGAUGAAUUCUUUAGUAGAAAUGGUAAUGAUCUGAGAAAUAUUCCUUUUUAGAGAGUUCAGGUUCAAAGAUUUUGUUCUGAAAGCAUUUGCGAUAAAUUGCUUUGUGUUUAUUUAAAUUGCUUUAGCUUGGGAUUUAUUGUGAUUUCCUUGCAAAGGCUAAUGUCAUCGUAGGGACAUAUUGACCUUGUAACUCCCAUGGGCGACCAAGAAGAAUUUAUCCUUACAAUAUCAAGCAGACAAGUGAUGAGAAUAAGGAAAAAUAUUAACUAGGCGAUUUUUAGUUGAUCAAAUAUCAAAUUCUAACACCACAAGAAGUAUAUGACAGACAGUAAGGAGAAUUACAAAUGAGAUCUUGGGAGUUAAAGGGUUAAAUUGUCUAACACUUACAAUAGCUGACUACUUUCACGACGUGACAACGUUCAUUCUUCGGACACGAUCAGGAAUGAUGAAAACGGUUUUUAAUCUCCUCAGAUGUGCCAGGCCAAAGAUCCUUGCUGUGUACCUCACAACUGCGUCCUUAAAAAGGAAUCACAGUGCAGUGACUUACAUCACUCAUGCUGCAAGAACUGCCAGGUAACAAAAUAAUCAAUAAUCCCUUCAAUAUUACGGACUCAUGAAACUGAGAAGCGUUGACUGUUGGAUGAAAUUUAAAGAAGGGUUAUAGACAUUGAACUGACAACAGCUGCUGUGAAAAAGUGUCCUUUUAAGUAGAAUAUUGGUCUGGAUUUUAUAUUCAUCUUUUUCUGGUAUUCCCUCAAUUGCAGCUCACGUGCAAGGGCUUUUCUUUACUUGAUUAUCAUCCACAGGUCAAAACAUUAUCUACUUCUUUUGAUUAUGAAUGAAAAUACGAUAGCACGGGCGCACCUGUACGGUUAGACAGCAAACGUACUUUAUAUUUUUAGGGUAUACUUGCGGAAGAAAAUAAGAAACUACACCAUAGGAAGAAAUACUGUUUUUUCAAUUGCCUAAAAGAUCAAUUUUCUCGCUAUAAAUGCGUGGUAUAGGAUCCAAAAUAAUUGUAACAAAUAAAUCAAAGUGUUUCAUCCUUGAAUCUUACGGUUCUUUGUGCUUUACGCGAUCUAACGGCGUAUUCUGACUCUCGUUUAGUUUAAGAAACGAGGAACGUUAUGUCGUGGAGUCCAAACUGAUUGUGAUGUUCCAGAAUAUUGCACUGGUUCCUCAAGAGACGUAAGCAAAUAGAGAAUUUGACUCAGAAAUUAUUGUGUCAUAAAAACCACCGAGUAGUAGCUAUCAAAUGUGAGUUUGUAAAAAUAUGUUAUUGUUAUUGUUAUUAUAUGUUAUUUGGUUAUAUACAAAAUAAAACAAACACACGGCGCCAGAAAUUGUCAGAAUGUUAGCUGCAAAAUUCAUGUGCAUAACUUUAUCAAUUCACCUGCCGAGGUUACCACCAGCCGUGUGUGUGAACCUUUAAAUCACAAUACCUGUACAAUAGCGUAGGAGUCAGUGUAUCACUCAUGUCUAACAUAGCUUGGGUUUUAAUAUCGAUAAAAGAAUUGUUACUUUAGAUUACUUCAAGAGCAAAUCCCAAUGUUGUUUAAUUGCCAAGCUUAAGAAGCUUCACAGUUGAUCACUCUUACUCUUUCAGUGUCCUGAGGAUGCUUACAUCAUUAAUGGAUAUCCAUGCAGCCAGGCGAAAACCGUACGUUUCUCAUGAUCAGAGAGAUAGCAUGUUACAUAGUGCAAAACGUUUUUCACUUUUACAGAAGUGCCACUAAGUUCUGCCUUUAAAUAUUAUUAAUUUACCAGUAAUGCGUAUAACUAGGUGACCAGCACUCAUUUCAAACGAAGAAUACUACCAUCUACUCGUCACCUACCUUUAAUUUUGCUUUAAUCUCGUCGGUCUUCGAUGUGAUUCCUUUCCUCUGCAAUUUUUCUUCUCGUUUGCUUAUUUCCACGAGAAUGGUUUGGACAAAAACCAAGUAAUUCAUAGCAUGAAAAAAACAGAUUUACCUUUACUUCUCUUUGCUGUUUUUCUUUUAAAUCCGUGUACAUCUAACUCGCUUGACUAAAAGCCGGUGAGCAUCGCUGAGUCUGUAUACUUUGGGUUGUGAAGAUAAAUUUUGCCACCUACGAGUUACAUUUUAAUUUCUUUGCGGAAAGUCCUUGUGUUAAUCAUUGAAUUUUUUUCUCUGAAAUUAUUUGAAGGUUAUACAUGGAAACACUAACUUCUAUGGUGUAGUCGCAAGGGACUUGAACCCUAUGGUCAACGCUCGAUAUCUUCGUAUCAAUCCUCAAUACUGGCAUGGCUGGCCUUGUCUAAGAACCGACUUCAUGGGAUGUUCUGCGGGUGAAGGUAAUGAUAUGCUACAAUUCUACUCAACGUUGUUGAGUAUGUACCAGACACUUGUGGUCAUUGUGCCAUGACGUGUUCUGUAAACCAUGAAGAUCAACAGUGCAAUGUCCUCUGAGUUGAAAUAGGAAGACUAAAGAUAGCGCAAACAUGGGUCCGGAAGUCAAAUAACCAUUCUAUUCUAACGUGUUUCUUUACGCUCGUUUUUACAGCAAAUCCAACUGCCCCUACACCGUUGAAGUCAUACAACCUUGACUUUUGUCUGACUCCAUCAAGCAAGAGUUGUUCCCCACGUGACAACGACCCCAUCAUAUUUGUAACCGGUAGCAGGUGCUCAGAGAGACAUUUUCAAUUCAUUUUCAAAGACGGAUUGUUACGCCACGCUUGCAGUGGGAAAUUGGUCUGUCCCGAAAAUGGCGGGACUCAUAAUGGUGCAAAGAUUGUUGUCAGCAGGACUUGUAAAGUUGCAGACUCGAAAUUAGUACGAACCGUAGGUAAGUCCGAAGAAAUGCAUAUUUCCUUUUAAAAUUUUCACCGCUUACCAACCUGAAGGAAUUUCAAUUAAUUGCAUUCUUUUUUUUUUCUGAUGGCUAGUUGUUUUGUUUGUUUGUGCACUUGAUAGGGCGAUCUUUAAAGCACGUUAAAUCUGGCAGAUGUAUUCAUACUUCUGGAGCCUGGCCAGGAAACGGGAGACAGAUGGUACUGUGGUCUGGAUGCGAUGUGCAAAGGCUACAACUGUGGUUCGGGAAACAAGGUAAACUUUCUUGCCACAUACCACAUCUUUUAAGUAUAAGUUGCAGGAAAAGCGGUGGUCACGUGGUUAACGCGACGGUUUAUAUAGAAAAGGUCCUCUUUCAAACUCUGGGUGGGCCCUCUUUUGCUGUGUGGGAGAGACACUGGCCCCUCUUGGCGCCUUAAAUCCUAUCCAUAGCAUCCAAUUUUUUCAAGAACUUAAUUUCGAGUUAAGAAAAUUGGCAUAUACUUUCCUUUCAACACAGUACAUGGUACUAAAUCGUAUACUUAUAGAUUGUGUGGAGCCACUUGGAAUGCAGAACGGUGAAAUCAAAGACCGUCAGAUUACUGCUUCCUCAGUGAGAGGUCAAGAAUUCGCUUAUUAUGCAAGGCUCAAAGGAAAAAACUACUGGUGUGCCGAAGCCAAAAGAAAAACUGAAUAUCUACAAGUUGACCUGGGAAAGGUACGUUUUGAUAGUAGAUAAGAAUAGUCAGAUAGUUUGAGAAAAAUGCAAAAACAGAAUAUAAGGAAAGAUAUUGAGAAGUUUACUCAGCACAAGCGCCUAAGUAAAUAUAUGUUAUUUGCCGGCUGGGAGGUCCGUAUGGUGAAAAACUGUGACCGAGGUCUUGAAAAUACUGCCCGAGGCCGUAGGCCGAGGGCAGCAUUUUCAAGACCGAGGUCACAGUUUUUCACCAUACGAACCGACCCUUAGCCGGUAAAUAACAUAUUUAUUGUUUUUAAACUUGACGAAAUUCUUUCCGAAAGAACCCUAAUGAUUUAUGGACGUAAAUACGGCAAGAUCUUUCAUAAACUGAACAAUUUUUGAGUGGGUAAAUGGUAGUUAAAAUAGAGGUGAUGCAAAUUUAAGAGAGAUGCCUCAGCGAAACAUUUUCAUUUCCGUAACGAUAAAGGUGAUUUAAAAGGCUUCCAAACAAACUUUGAAACAUUAUUUUUACAAGUAUCUGUCACAAUCUGACACCUGUCAAUUAGAGAGCGCGCAAGAAAAAAAAAAUCGUGGGAACAUUUGAAAACCAACAGAACUAGUUUGGCAAGGACUGUCACAACAAUGUUUUCUUCAAAAUCAGUUAAUGAUCUAACGGAAAGUAUUAUUCACUCUCAUCGACCAUUCAUUCAUGUACGAAGAUUUACCUCUGUUCAUUAAGUAAACGGCGAGGAAAGUAAUUGUGAGUAAAUUCAAUUUUUUUAUUUUGAAGUUGUGAGAGUUUGCUCGUUUGUUUGCUGUAAUGGCGUGUUUAACUCUGAUCUUUCCUUCACAAAAACUAAAUUCGAACGGCACACUCCAACGAGACACAAGGGAAUUUGUGCUAUUUAAGGUACAAAUGUCCAAAUUGAACGGAAUUGGAAAGACUCACCAGGAGCGUAUAUUUGUUGUAGAACUUAAAUUAAAACUUCGCUCGCUCUUUCACUAUGAACAAAUUGCUCGAGAAAAUUCAGAUAUUAAAUGAAUGAAAGUUCCAUCGUUCAGUUUAACUGUAACCAAAUACCUCACGUUUCAACUUUCUGGGUACUUUUUGUGAACGAUUAAAAUUAAUUGCAGACGGUUUUUAGGCCGCUUGUCAACCAACGUAAUGACACUAUUGUUUAUACAAAUUCAUUCUGAAACCAAUAUUUUUCUGUCAACCAAAGUGAUUUGAUAGAGAGAAAAGAGAGGAUUCAUAAGUUAUUUAUCGGCUUGAGGUAGUGACCGACGUGUUUGCUUAAAAAUACUGCCCAGCCGGAAAACGAGGUAUAUUUAUGAAAAAUGACAACGAAAGUUGGGAUGUACUCGGCGACUCACGAAAGCGUUACCGUGGCCCGUGGGCAGAGAUAGGAAAAUACUGACCGGGUAAAGAACCAAUCAGAUUGCAAGAUUCGUUACCGUGCCCUCUAAAAAAACAAUAAAUUAAGUUAUUACCCUUUACAAUAUCGUAAGGAAACUCGUGAUUUAGUUCUUGUUUAAAAGUUUUGAGGAUAUAUAUAUAUAUAUAUAAUUUAGUUUAUUUUGGACUUUGUAUCGUUUCGUUCUUGCAACAAGCCUUUGAGAAAUGUUGAUUAUCGAACACUUGUUGUCCCUUUUCAUCGAAAAGGAACUUCUUAUUUCGUAUUUUUUUGUAGUAGAAUUUUCAUUUUUGAACGAGGUAAAUAACUAACUAUAAGAAUCUUAGAUACUCUAAGGCGGCUUUUACAAUGAAAUCUUGCAUUCUGUUCUAAGCUGUCCUCAAAUUCAUUAGACAGUGCGUUGCAAUGUAGUUCAAAUUCAUUAGAUUGUGCGUUGCAAUGUAGUUUGGAAUUUGUACUAAAGAUUAAAGAAUCUCUAUUACCCGAUUUAUAUCAAGAGGUCAUACAAUAUUCAAAAACAGCCAACUGUAAUCGAUUGUCAAAUCUCAAAGGUGAAAGCUUUACAUACAGUGUUGAUUCAGUGGUAACGGGUUAUAAAUUGAAUUCAUUAUGUUUGACGCACCAUCAUUUCAGAGUCAUCUCCUACGAAGCCACCUCCUGCCCUCAGAGCUACCUUAAUAUAACUGAUCAUCCUUAAACAUUUUUAUCUUAAUUGUUACAUUAAUACAGGGUCUUUUCUAUAUUACCUUUUCGUCCUUUUACAAUUUUAGGUUAAAACUGUCAGUAAAAUCUUGAUGCAAGGACGUGGAAGCUGGUACUACUGGGUGACCGGCUUCUUCUUACACUACAGUUCUGAUGGCCGGCGGUGGAAAACGUACUCUGCGAGUGGUGACGAAAAACAGUCCGAUGUAAGCUAAGGAUAUUGUAAUCAUUCGCAGUCAGUUGUUUACCUACUUCUGAAAACCACUCUCAUUUUCUUUCCUAUCUCAGUCCUUCUGUUAUCUUGGAAAGUGCAGCGAAACUCUUGACACUCAGUGUAAGGACUUAUGGGGAGCUAGUAAGUAAAUAUGCUCAUUUUUUCCUCCUUGUAUGUAACCUAGCGUUUUGAUACAAACACUGUUUGCCUUUACUUCAAUUUAUCAAAUAUUAUUUAAGUAUUUGUAUGUUAUCUACAAUCUAUUUUAGUUGCCAAUUCAAUGUUUUUUUUUUUCCUAAACAAAGGUGUCUUUCUUCAAGGUACAUGAAUUAUUUCAAACAUGAUUUUUUUUAGUUAAAUACUUAAAUAGACGACACUACGAGUACACCCGACAGGAGCUGGACCUAAAACCCUCAAAUGAGAAAAUUUGGAUGCUCAAAGCCUUUCGGUUCAAUUAUGGUUAAUUGGCGUCUUUCUGCGCUCCGACGAAGGGCUAACGCUCGAAACGUCAGCUUUUGAACUCUAUACCUGUGGCCAAUUUACAGUAUCAACUUGGUUGAUAAAACAAAAUUAACUUGUUUUACCCCUAACGACGCAGCACCUCUGUUCCUCCAAAAACUUACCCCCUUUACUCAUUUGAUACUAACUCGACCUAUUACAGCCGCCAAAACCGCUGACCAGGGAUGCUAUGACAAGCUGAACACUGAGGCUAGAGGAUAUGGUACAUGUGAUCCAAACACCAAAAAGAGAUGUGCUGCAAGGUACAUGACAUUCUUUUUAGUGAGCGUAGUACCAUUCCUAAGAAAAUUAAUCAACUUAUCAAGUGUACUUUACAAACUACAAGAAGAGCGCUCGAUAAACAGCCAAAAGAAGAUGACAUAACUCUUUGUUUUAAAUAUAUAAGCAUCUUAAGCUUUUAUUAAAAAAGCGAUUUCGUUUCAUGAGCAAAAAAGAAAAGUAAUAAGAAAAUGUCUGAUUUAACCAUUAACAAGAGUCUUUAAACUCGACCUAUGUAAGAUUUCAUUAAAGUCCUUUUAACUAGUAAAUCGAGUUUCUCACGUUCUGUGUAGUGAGGUGUAUCAAGUUCUUAGCUUGGCAUCAACUAAUUAAUAUAUUUUCUCUAAGGGAUGUUUUGUGCGGCCAGCUGCAAUGUGAAGCGGACGAAAGCAGAAAAAAACCUGUUGUUGAUUAUGGACGGGCCAGAGACAAAAAAAUUAUUUUGCCUUCCGGGAAAAAAUGCAAGUUAGUAUUACUUUCUUUUUGUUCCUCUGAGAAAAAGGGGUCAACAUAUGAAGUGCCUAUCGUAAGCUAGAUAAUAAGGACGAGUUUCAAAACGCGAGACUCGUGGUUUUUUACUUUGUCUUUGCGAUUUGACUCUUAGGAAUUUCUCUGUUUGAGUAAAUCCAUAUUUGAACUUCCAUUAGAUGCCUUCUGUUCAAUUCCCUUACCUAUCUUUGGAAACGAAACCAUUAAAACUAACAAUUGGAAAAAAAAAUUGUUUUAUCACUUUUGGAUCAUAUUUUCAACAAAUGCAAAAUCACUUAGUCAAACGCGGUUUUACUUCUUACAGCGCUGUAGAACUGAAAAGUGGUGACAGUAUUGGACUGGGAGUGGUAAGAGAAGGAACGAAAUGUGGACGCAAUAAGGUACGAUACCAUUGCCCUCUUUUUAAUACCCUUUCCGGAUUCGUCCCGUCAUGCAGGCUAUUAAUUUUAUAUCCAAACACAAUCUCAAACACUUGUAACGUUUCCUGUUUCAUAAAUACAAAGCCGUUUUGGAAAAAACCGACCCCUUUCAUACACCAUGAUCCACGCUACAUCUCACAUUAGGAAACAUUUUUCUGUACAAUCAAUUCAUCGUAAGAAUAGUAUGGAAGAACAUCAACCAUUAGGUCACAAGAGUUAGUAGAGUUCCAUGUUAAAAAAAUUUCUAUGAACAUGGAGAAUAUAAUUUUAGAAAAAUAAGUUCUGGGUUAAUACUUAGUGAAGAGUGCUUUCGGUGUUCUUCUAAGAACAAAUGUGAGUCUGUUAUCUCAUGUCCAUCCAACCUCCGCACGAUUCCACCUCUCCACAAUACGCUGUCUGUCUAUAUAAAUACACUGUGAACCCUCUUUCCGGGUUAACAUGUUUACCUUGGUCUGAAAGUUUACUCCUGUCUAUGUCUGUCUAAGAUGUGUAUCAAUAACAAGUGCCAGUCACUAAGUUCUCUCAAUCUGGUUGGCAAGUGUCCAGUGGUCGGCAACAAAGAGUGUGCGGGAAGAGGGGUAAGUAAUUAUUAAUGUUGAGUUCGUGAGAAGCAUAAAAAAAGGAGCUAAUAUUUCCAGGUUUUGCCGGGAAAUUCUACGCAGUUAAUGUUUUACACCAUCGUCCAAGCGAAAUCAAUUUUUCCCACUUAACUGUCUGUAAUUUGAAAGGAAUGAACAGCUGUCAGAAGAAAACAAUAAUCAUAUGGAUUCUCAACGAACUGAUAUUUGUUAUUGACUCAGCAUUAUUCGCAGAAAUUGUUCUGCCUCUGACUUGGAAACUCUUUUAGAAGCUUGCGUAGUAAAGCUCUUGCCAUAAAAUAUUCAAAUGUCUUUUUGGGAAGUGAAUGCGAUUGAAUGGAAAGCAGUGCAAUGUGAAUUCGAAUGUAUAAGUGUAACUUGAAUCAAGAAAUUUCACUGAAGUCAUAAAGAAUUUUCUAACUAAAAUUUUAAUCAUUACAAAAUGUUUCUAGGUCUGCACUAAUAAAAAGGUUUGCCAUUGCCAAGGAGGAUUUAAUCCCAAAAACGGUUGUAAGUCAGGUGAGAGCCGAGCGUUUUUUCUCUGAUGUUCAGAUUUUCUUUUUAGUGAGAGAUAUCUGCUAAUAUCUCUUGCGCUUCGAACAUCCUUGUGCAGAACUGACUUCACGUGACGGGGCCUGGGGUGAGUGGUUCCCUGGUUUUAUUUAUAUGACCAAGAUCUCAGAUAGGGUGUAAAGCAGAUGGAUGAAAAGCAAUUUGACAUUUUAAAUCAUAUCAAUAUACAAAUGAGCGAGCGAAACUACAGAGAAAGACACGACGCUUCCAAACAUGACUGUCAUCAAGCGUCGGCAUCCCCAAAAUCCGACCGAGCGGCCAGUAAAAAGGCCAUUUUUCACCUAUUAUAGAGUCGUGAUUCUUAUAUAUAAGAAUCUUUGAAUUCAAUUUAUUAUCAUUUGCGUGCAGCUACUAAAAAUUUGGUAGACUGUCCAUGUGCGAAAAACAUAGUGAUAGAGGCCAAUAGGUCCAGAAACUGUAAGUCAAACCGAUAAAGCCAAGAUUUUCCUGAAAAAGGUUUAUGAUUUGCUGUAUUUGGCAAAAUAAUAAACAAACCCAGUCUGAUUAUUCUGAGGACUACCCUUAAACUGAAUUUCUUAUCAAAUUAAAGCUGUGAGGUAAUGGCACAAGAAUGGCAAGUAUUGGGCAUUGAAUGCUCAUUGCAAAAAGUCUGCCUAUUACGUGUCUAAGAACUGCCGUAAGAAUUGCAAUUUUUGUUACGGUAUUAUAACCACUCAAUGAAAACUAUAAAACAGAUUAACCAAAAGUUGAAACGUUCUGAUAAUGUUUUAUUGCUGUAAUAUUUGAUUGUAAUAUGAUAACUAUGACCUGACGAGUCUAACUAACAUCACUAGAAUAGUAAAACAGACACCAAGAAGAACUACUAAUGAGAUCUUGGAAGAGAAAAUAUAUAUAUGGAACUAUUUUUUCCCUUGGUAACAGGUGAAGAGAAUCCCGAACACUCAGGAGGAGGAGGAGAAUCUGGAGAUGAUGAAGACGAUAUGAGCGAGGAAGACGAUGAGAUGGAAGAAGAAUAUGAAGACGACGAAAAAGUUGAAAAACGAGAGAAAGAUUACGAAGAAGACCAAGAUAUGUUCUUUGGUGAUAAGUAAACAUUUCUGCUCUAUCAUCACUUUAACUGGUGAGAAUCAACGUUGUAACUCUUCUCGUUGGCAAUUCUAAUUCAAGAAACUAAUCAACUGAAGUUUUAAAAACAGACUUUAGUCUUUUUUAUCCUAUAGUAUGUUAGAAUUUAUUGUUGUAUCGUGUAAUCAUGUCUUUUUUAAUUAUGAUGUAAUCUGCUCCGCUUCAGUGGCCAAGGCUGUAGUGCAAAGCUUUAAACAUUUUUGGGGUUAUAUCUUUAUUAGUAUUCAGGGCUAUAUCUUUACUGUAAUCUUGGUGUGGAGUUGGAAAUUCUUAUGCAAGGAGCUAAUCACCUGAUUUUUUAGAACAAGCUUUAGUCUUAUUUAUCCAAUGGUAUGUUAGAAUUUAUUGUUGUAUCGUGUAUUCAUGACUUUUUUUAAUUACGAUGUAAUCUGCUCCGCUUCUGUAGCCAAGGCUGUAGUGCAAAGCUUUAAACAAUUUUGGGGUUAUAUCUUUACAAGUAUUCAGGGUUACAUCUUUACUGUAAUAUUGGUAUAGAGUUGGAAAUUUUUAUUCAAGAAGCUAAUUAAUGGACGUUUGAGAACAAGCUUUAGUCUCAUUUAUCCAAUAGUAUGUUAUAAUUUAUUGUUGUAUCGUGUAAUCAUGAAUUUUUUAAUUACGAUUUAAGCUUCAGUAACCAAGGGUGUAGUGCAAAAACAUUUUUGGGGAUAAAUAUUUUCUAGUAUUCAGGGUUACAUCUUGACUGUAAUCUGAGUAUAGUCUUGGUAAUAAAACCAAUAUUCAG